AUCCAGGUGUUUGAUAAAGUUUUUUGAUAAUCAGAAUAUUAUUAGUUGGUUAGUUUUUGUGAAUUCUGGAUUCUUGUGAGCAAGAUGGCGCAGCUUUUGCCAAUCAAAUUUCAAGAGCAUCUGCAGCUCCAAAAUGUUGGCAUCAAUGCAGCUAACAUUGGUUUUUCCACUCUCACCAUGGAGUCUGAUAAGUAUAUUUGUGUAAGAGAGAAAGUUGGUGAACAAGCUCAAGUUGUUAUCAUCGAUUUAGCUGACUCUGCUAAUCCGAUUCGUAGACCGAUAUCUGCUGAUUCAGCAAUUAUGAAUCCAGCUAGCAAAGUUAUCGCCCUUAAAGCUGGUCGUAUGCUCCAAAUUUUCAAUAUUGAAAUGAAGUCAAAAAUGAAAGCUCAUAACAUGACAGAAGACGUUGUUUUCUGGAAAUGGAUUUCCACCAACAUGGUAGCACUUGUCACAGAGGGCGCUGUCUAUCAUUGGAGUAUGGAAGGUGAUUCGCAACCUACGAAAAUGUUUGAUCGUCAUGCUUCGCUUGCUAGUUGUCAAAUCAUCAAUUAUAGGACUGACUCUAAACAAAAAUGGCUUCUUCUGAUUGGGAUUUCUGCUCAUGCGAACCGGGUAAUUGGUGCCUCUCAGUUGUAUUCUGUCGAACGAAGAGUGAGUCAGCCUAUCGAGGCUCAUGCGGCAACUUUUGCAGACUAUCAGCUAGAAGGAAACAAGGAGCCAUCAACCCUGUUUUGUUUUGCGAUUCGAACCCCGCAAGGUGGCAAGUUGCAUACUAUUGAAGUUGGAAGUGCCCCUGCUGGUAAUCAACCAUUCCCAAAGAAGGCAGUGGAUGUGUUCUUCCCACCCGAAGCUCCUAAUGAUUUUCCAGUCGCCAUGCAGCAUUCUCCGAAGCACAAUGUUCUCUACCUUGUCACCAAGUAUGGUUAUAUUCAUCUGUAUGAUCUUGAAACGGCUGUUUGCAUUUUCAUGAAUCGAAUAAGUGCUGACACAAUCUUCGUAACUGCUCCUCAUGAUGCCUCAAGUGGAAUCAUAGGCGUUAAUAGAAAAGGACAGGUAUUAACAGUAUCAGUGGAUGAUCAGAAUGUGGUUCCUUACAUCACCAAUACCUUGAAAAACCCGGAUCUCGCACUUCGAUUCGCUGUGCGCAACAAUUUAGCUGGAGCAGAAGAACUUUUCUCUAGGAAAUUCAACACUUUAUUUGCUCAAGGAAAUUACAGUGAAGCAGCGAAGGUAGCUGCCAAUGCACCAAAGGGUAUUUUGAGAACACCUCAAACAAUUCAGCGCUUUCAAUCAGUACCAGCUCAGCCAGGACAAACAUCUCCUUUGCUGCAGUAUUUUGGAAUACUCCUUGAUCAGGACAAAUUGAACAAAGUUGAAUCCUUGGAAUUGUGUCGCCCUGUGCUUCAGCAAGGUAGAAAACAACUUAUUGAGAAAUGGCUGAAAGAGGAAAAGUUGGAAUGUUCAGAAGAAUUAGGAGAUAUCGUCAAACCACUUGACUCUACUCUCGCUUUGUCCAUCUAUCUGAGAGCUAAUAUUCCUAAUAAGGUCAUUAUGUGCUUUGCUGAGACCGGGCAGUUUCAGAAGAUUGUGUUGUAUGCGAAGAAAGUUGGUUAUACACCAGACUACGUUUUUCUGCUUCGUAAUGUGAUGAGAGUCAAUCCAGAAACCGGAAAACAAUUUGCCAUGAUGUUGGUGGCUGAUGAUGAACCACUUGCUGAUGUGUCGCAGAUUGUCGAUGUUUUCAUGGAAUCGAAUUUGGUGCAACAAUGUACUGCUUUCUUGUUGGAUGCUUUGAAAAACAACAGACCUGCAGAAGGUCCCUUGCAAACUAGACUAUUGGAAAUGAAUCUCAUGCAUGCUCCUCAGGUUGCUGAUGCCAUUCUUGGCAACCAAAUGUUCACGCACUACGAUCGUGCUCACAUUGCUGGUAUGUGUGAGAAGGCGGGACUGUUACAACGUGCUCUGGAACAUUACACUGAUUUGUAUGAUAUCAAACGUGCCAUCAUCCAUACUCAUCUGCUCAACCCUGAGUGGCUUGUCAACUACUUUGGAAGUUUGAGUGUGGAGGACUCUUUGGAAUGCCUCAAGGCAAUGUUGACUGCCAACAUCAGACAGAAUCUCCAGCUCUGCGUUCAAGUUGCUACAAAAUAUCAUGAACAACUUUCUACUCAAUCAUUGAUUGAUUUGUUUGAAAGCUUCAAGAGUUUUGAAGGUCUCUUCUAUUUUCUUGGAUCAAUUGUCAACUUCAGUCAGGAAGCUGAAGUUCAUUUCAAAUAUAUUCAGGCAGCUUGCAAGACUGGUCAAAUUAAGGAAGUUGAAAGAAUUUGCAGAGAAAGCAACUGCUAUGAUCCUGACAAAGUGAAAAAUUUCCUGAAAGAAGCAAAACUGACUGAUCAACUUCCUCUGAUCAUUGUGUGCGAUAGAUUCGAUUUCGUUCAUGAUCUUGUUCUGUACUUGUACCGGAACGAUUUGCAGAAAUACAUCGAGAUUUAUGUGCAGAAGGUGAACCCAUCUCGUCUUCCAGUUGUUAUUGGAGGACUUUUGGAUGUUGAUUGUGCUGAAGAUGUGAUCAAAAGUUUGAUAAUGGUUGUCAGAGGUCAAUUCUCUACUGAUGAACUGGUGGCUGAAGUUGAAAAACGUAACAGACUGAAAUUGCUUCUACCUUGGCUUGAAUCUCGUGUUCAUGAAGGUACUGAAGAACCAGCUACUCACAAUGCUCUUGCUAAAAUCUAUAUUGAUGCCAAUAAUAACCCAGAACGAUUCCUGAAAGAGAAUCCAUUCUAUGAUAGCCGUGUUGUUGGAAAAUACUGCGAAAAACGUGACCCUCAUUUGGCAUGUGUUGCAUAUGAACGUGGACUGUGUGAUGAAGAGCUUAUCAAUGUGUGCAAUGAAAAUUCUUUGUUCAAAUCAGAAGCAAGAUACCUGGUACGUCGUAAGGAUACUGACCUCUGGGUCAAAGUAUUGGAAGAUACAAAUGUUUACAGGAGACAACUUAUUGACCAGGUUGUGCAAACUGCUCUCACUGAAGCCCAGGAUCCUGAUGAAGUCUCUGUGACUGUGAAGGCAUUCAUGUCUGCUGAUCUACCUAAUGAAUUGAUCGAACUACUCGAGAAGAUUGUUCUGGACAAUUCUAUGUUCUCUGACCAUAGAAACCUCCAAAAUCUGCUGAUUCUCACUGCAAUCAAAGCAGACAAGACCAGAGUGAUGGAAUACAUCAAUAGAUUGGAUAAUUAUGAUGCUCCAGAUAUAGCAAAUAUUGCAAUUCAAAAUGAGCUUUUCGAAGAAGCCUUUGCCAUCUUCAAGAAAUUUGAUGUCAACACUUCAGCUAUUUCUGUUUUGAUAGAGCAUGUCAACAAUUUGGAUCGUGCAUACGAGUUUGCGGAGCGUUGCAACGAACCGACCGUCUGGUCACAACUCGCUCAAGCUCAGUUGAACGCAGGAAUGGUGAAAGAAGCUAUCGACUCUUACAUCAAGGCUGAUGACCCGAGCAUGUAUAUGGAGGUUGUUGAAGCUGCUGGUGGAUCUGGCAAUUGGGAAGAUCUUGUUCGAUAUUUGCAAAUGGCUCGCAAGAAGUCUCGUGAAUCCUAUGUUGAGACUGAACUUGUGUUUGCAUAUGCUAAAACCAACAGACUUGCUGACUUGGAAGAAUUCAUCAGUGGACCAAACAAUGCUAACAUUCAACAGGUUGGAGACAGAUGUUUCGAUCAAAAAAUGUUUGAGGCUGCAAAACUGCUUUUCAACAACAUUUCCAACUUUGCUCGUCUGGCAAGUACUCUCGUAAAUCUGGGAGAAUAUCAAGCUGCUGUGGAUGGAGCUAGAAAGGCAAACUCGACCAGAACCUGGAAGGAGGUUUGCUUUGCAUGUGUGGAUGGAGAGGAAUUCAGACUUGCUCAAGCAUGUGGACUUCAUAUUGUUGUUCAUGCUGAUGAGCUGGAAGAACUCAUCAACUAUUAUCAGGAUCGUGGAUAUUUUGAGGAAUUGAUCGCUAUGCUUGAAGCGGCUCUUGGAUUGGAGAGAGCUCAUAUGGGAAUGUUUACCGAACUUGCUAUCUUGUAUUCAAAAUACAAACCACAGAAAAUGAGAGAACAUCUUGAAUUAUUCUGGUCCAGAGUCAACAUUCCAAAAGUUCUUCGUGCUGCUGAACAAGCUCAUCUUUGGGCAGAACUUGUAUUCCUUUAUGACAAAUAUGAGGAAUAUGACAAUGCUAUCGUAACUAUGAUGGCUCAUCCAACUGAUGCAUGGAAAGAAUCUCAAUUCAAAGAUAUCAUCACUAAAGUGGCGAACAUUGAACUUUAUUACAAAGCUCUUCAGUUCUAUCUUGACAUGAAACCACUGGUCAUCAAUGAUUUGCUCAACGUUCUGGCUCCACGCAUGGACCAUACCAGGGCAGUAGCAUUCUUCCGCAAAGUUGACAGACUUCCACUGGUCAAACCGUACCUGAGAUCUGUCCAGAAUCACAACAAUAAGUCCAUCAAUGAAGCUCUCAACGAUCUAUUGAUAGAAGAAGAGGAUUAUGCAGGAGUGCAAACAUCUAUUGAUGCUUAUGAUAAUUUCGACAACAUCGCUCUUGCACUGCGUCUUGAAAAGCAUGAGCUCAUUGAAUUCCGUCGCAUUGCAGCUUACCUAUACAAAGGUAACAACAGGUGGCGUCAAUCUGUUGAACUCUGCAAGAAGGAUCUUCUGUAUAAGGAUGCCAUGAUUUAUGCUGGAGAAUCAAGAGAUACAGAACUGGCAGAAGAAUUACUUGCUUGGUUUUUGGAGAACGAACGUUACGAAUGUUUUUCUGCUUGCUUAUAUUCAUGCUAUGAUCUUCUUCGUCCCGAUGUUGUUCUGGAACAAGCUUGGCGCCAUGGAAUCACAGAUUAUGCGAUGCCAUACAUGAUCAAUGUCAUGAGAGAAAUGACCACAAGAAUUUCCAAACUGGAAACAUCAGAGAGUAUGAGAAAAGAAGAAGAAGAAUCAUCUGAAAAUAAACCGAUAGUUUAUGAUCAACCGCAGCUCAUGAUUGCGGCAGCCCCAGCAGCAACUUAUGGUUACGGAGGUGCUGCACCCGGAAUGCCAGGCAUGGCUGCGCCAGGUAUGCCUGGAAUGGCAGCACCCGGCAUGCAGCCACAAAUGGGAGGUAUGCCACCACAGAUGAUGGGUGGAAAUCCUGGUUAUGGCUAUGGAAUGUAAGAAGAGAAGAAUGCUCAUGCAGCGAUAAAUGCUGAUUCAAUCAAAAAUGUUGCCACAAUGGCACUUGCUACACCUGGUUGUAAAAUUUCAGAAUGAAGGAUAAUGUACAAUUAAUAUAUUAAUUUUUAAAAUGUUUCUUUCAUGUGUGCAGAAACCACUGCAGACCAAACAAGCUUUUAUUCCCAGCUGUUCAAUCAUUCUCAAUAAUUAAAAUAUUUGUCAUGUAUUGUAAUAAUCUUGUAUUGAUUAGUUAUGUGGUGACUAAUACCCUAUCUAUUUGACGUUUUAAUGUGCGCUGCAGCAUUUUCCCAAUAUGUCGUUUGUUCAAAACAUGGUCCAGGUGCUACAAUUUCUCAUCAUUGAACCUUGACAUAAAUAAGAUAAACAAAAUAAAAUCACGAAGUUUCAAAAUGCUUCAUCUUGUACAGUACACUCUGUUCGUUUUAAUUUACCAUUGAUUUUGUAUAUAUAAAACAUAAUCGCAUUUGCAUAGUCAUAAAAUGAAGACCACAUCGGUCGCAGCUCCACGAUAUGUGUUCCAAUUUUAGAGUCUUGUAGUGUGUAUUUAUCAUAGUAAAUUGUCAGAAGUAAUUUUCACCCAAUUGUACAGAUUUCUAUUUGCAAUCACAUUGUUAUUACACUAUAUGCUGUUGAUGUUAACAUUAUUUAGGAAAUGUAUGUGAUUGGUGUAACUAUGUAGAAUAUAUAGAAUGGAAGAUUUCAUAAAUAUGUAAAAACAUGUCAAUGACUAGUAAUAAAUAUAUUGAUUGACUAUAGCUUGGAAUAUAGAAAAUAAUUCAUUAAUUUCCAUGUCGAUUUCAAAUUUUUGCUGUUAUGUCGUGUUUGUGGGACAGGAUUUGAUUAUUUGGCUUUGGAUACUGGCUGUCGCCUGAAGAAUUUUAAUUGAAUAUUUGCUGUGUUAUUUCCAUUGUACGUUUGCAAAUUUCUUGUAUUGUCCCAAAUUUUUCAAAAUGUUUAAAAAUAGUUGUUUUACUUCUCCUGCGAGAUAAUGCGUUGACACUUGUUGAUUAUUCUUGAUCAUAUUACAAUGUUUGGUGUGAGGCCAGUCAAGUGAUAUCUUUCCAUCCGGAAUGGGUGUGAUAUAAAUUUGAUUGAAAACUAUAUAUUCCUAACAAUAAAUAUAAUAUUGUAUGUAGAUUGCUUAUGUCAUUGCUGUUGCCUGUAAAUAAUAAUAACGAAAUCUGGUUGUUGCUUUAGAUUCUGCAACAUUGACAAAAAUGAAAUAAAUUAUUAUCGUACUA